GAAAGCUCAAGUAGUCUCACGUUUGGACAAGCCAGUUGUUUCAACCAAUCACUAAUGUUUAGACUUACAACGAGACAAUUCUCAUCGAGCGCAUCCAGAUUAUCUGAUUUGUAUCUUCACCCUGAGAAAUGGGCUGGUAAACCUGCGGAAGAGAUCCUCGAGUUGUUCAAAAAACGUCGUUCUCUCCUCGGUGCCCAAUUCAAGCCUGACGAUGCCGAGUUGGCAGCGCUGAAGAGCACAUCUUCCCAUACCGGUGUGUCACCAUACAUCAUUGAGAAGCUUUACUAUGGUGGUGAGUCCACAGCUCUCGAUCUGAAUGGUCAGAAGCAUGAGGAUAACUACAGUCCAGCCAAGUUCCAAUACGACGAGUACCCAGAAGCUGCUCAGGAGAUCAUCAGAGACCACAGAGAACAAAGAGAGUACAACAGGAUCGCAGCUUAUGAGAUGCCACACUUGGCCAAGUAUCGUCAGGAGUACAAGCCACCACAGGGCAAGCCAGUGACAUACAAGUACACCACCUAUCUCGGAGAGGAGGAAUACAGAGCCAACAGAAAGGUCACGCUGACUUUGAAAGUGAAAGAUCUUGGGCUCAAUGAGAAGGAAUCCCACAAGUUCAAAGUGCUUGCUGGCGUGAGAUACGACGGCAGCAAAGACGAGUUCAAAAUGAGCAGCGAAAGAUUCGAGGAACCAUUGCAGAACACCAGAUUUCUCUCAGAAGUCCUCUCGGAUCUGCUCAAGGCCUCCAAGGACCUCAGCCAAGACUUGAGUGACAUCCCUCUUGACCAGCGUCACGUCCAAGCCAGACAGAGAAAGAGAAAGUACAAGAAGAGCGCUGUAUUCAAGAAUGCCUUCCCAGAGGAGUGGAAGAGACCACAAGAUGCACCAAAGAAGGUGAAGUCCGUACUGGAUAUCCUUACUGAGUCACCAGCAUAAAACCAUUGUAUAUACGUAGCCAAAACAGAUAUCUAAACAGUAUAAGAAAGGCCAAACAGCAAACCAAAACGUGUAUAUAGUGAAGCAGUUAUUGUUGUUGUUGUUGA